CUGCAUGGACGAACAGGCGGUGACGCGCUGGCUCUUUAAGUCCCCCCCGCUCUGGUUGGGAAGGGGUCGUGGCGAAGUUUCACUUAGCGCAUGCGCAAGCGCCUCUACCUGGAGCAUGCGCACUAGCUCCAGCUAUGCGGGUGUUGGUGGGUGGAGGGACUGGGUUUGUGGGCAGAGCCCUGACCCAGUUACUGCGUAUCCGUGGCCAUGAGGUGACUCACAUCUCUCGACAAGGGGGCAAGGAUCGUAUCAGCUGGGACGUGUCCCACAAGGAAAAGUUGUCCCGCUCUGGACUGCCCCCAUGCGAUGCCGUGGUGAACUUGGCUGGUGAGAAUGUCCUCAACCCUUUCCGCAGGUGGGAUGGUGCCUUCUGCAGGGAAAUCAUCAGCAGCCGGGUUGAGACCACCAAGACCUUGGCCAAAGCUAUUGCUGAUGCUGAUCAGCCACCUCGUGCUUGGAUCCUCAUCACCGGCGUAGGUUAUUACCGUCCCAGCCCGACAGCUGAGUACACGGAGGACAGCCCUGGGGGGGAUUUUGACUUCUUCUCACACCUGGUGAGCUCCUGGGAAGCUGCAGCUCUCAUCCCUGGGAACCCAGCUCGUGGUGUUGUGGUGAGAUCUGGGGUAGUGCUGGGCCGGGAUGGUGGUGUCAUCUCUCGCGUGCUCUGGCCUUUCCGACUGGGGCUGGGAGGCCCCUUGGGCUCUGGACUCCAGCCGUUCCCAUGGAUUCACAUUCGGGACCUGUCUGGAAUUGUGUGUCAUGCCCUGGAGAGUGAGUGCCUGCAAGGGGUCUUCAAUGGUGUCUCCCCAUCCUCCUCUGCCACCUCCAACGGCACCUUUGCCCAGGAGCUUGGUGCAGCCCUGGGACGCCCAGCCCUGCUGCCAGUACCUGCCUGGGCCGUGCGGGCUGUGUUUGGGGCUGAACGGGCCAUCAUGCUCUUGGAGGGCCAGAGGGUGGUGCCAAAACGUACCCUGGAGAGUGGCUACCGUUUCAUCUUCCCUGAUCUCUCUGCGGCUCUGAAGGACAUCGUGGCUUGAGGACAGCUGGGGUGGGUUGGGAACCUGUUUUUGUGAGCUACUCAGCUGACAUGCCUUUCCCUGAGUGGAAGUAGUCCUGCCCCUUCUUGGCUGUCAUAUCUCCUCUGUAUUAGGAUGGUUUUAUGGGUUUUUUUUCUCCCUCUGUCUCUUGUUGUGCAUCCCCAAUUUAGGAGUCUCUCUUCCUACUGCAGACUCCAGUCCCCACAUCACCAGCUUUUGGGGAAGGGCAUAAGCCCUCCUAAGGGGCUUUGACAUCUUCCCUUUCUGACAGUGUGCAUGUGAGCUGCUAGCAGAGCAUUGGGGGGUGCAACACCUUCUCUCCUGAGGAAAAGGAGUUGCAACAAGGUGAGUGUGCAGGAUUUGUAACCCUUGUCCAUUUUGUUGUAAGUCCCCCUUGUUCCAGCUGCCCACCCCACCUUCCCCCAUGUCUUGCACUGUAUGUUCACAAGAGAUCUAGUUAUGCUGUCCUGUUUACUUGUCUCAGUCUUUUAGGGAAUGGGGUUGUGGUGGGGAGAAUCUGUCCUGAGAGGGUGUGGUGUUAUGCCCAAGGAUUCUUUUGAAUAUUCGCUAACUUAAAGGGGACUGUCAAGAGCAAGGACUGCAGGUGUAGCAUGACCACAAAUAAAUUCAUUAUUCACUUUUA